AAUAAUAACAUAUGUUUUGAUGAAUGAGUUGUCAUUUCUAUAUUGGUUUAUAUACUUAACUGACAACAGUUGUCAUCUGACAACUGAUCCAAAUAUAAAAUCUUAAAAACAAAUACUUAACUAAAAAAAAAGAUAAUCCAUUUGGCAAUCAAUGGCCAAAGUGGUGGCCCGCGAGACAUACGCCGGCGAUGACGAUUGGGAAAGACUAUACGUGGACACCGACAACACAACACAAAAUCGGUUGACAGUUGUGGACAAACAAAGCCGUCGAUGGAUCAGUUGGACGGCGUUGAAGAUGUUGUUUACUUCUGUGUUUUUGCCGGCCGGUUAUCCCGACUCCGUAUCCAACGAUUAUCUCGAGUAUCAGUUCUGGGAUAGCGUACAGGCAUUUGCAUCAUCUAUAAUGAAUAACUUGGGAACACAUGCUGUCCUCAAAGGUGUCGGUGUCGGAGACUCGAGUGCCACAGUAUUGGCGGCCACUAUAACGUGGCUAUUAAGAGAUGGCACAUCAAUGUCCGGACGAAUAUUGUUUGCAUACAUCCAGAGCUCAAAACUGGACGCCGACUGUAAAAAGUGGCGAUUAUUUGCCGAUAUUAUUAACGAUAUAUCGAUUAUGAUAGACCUGUUGUCACCGUAUUUUGUCGACUACUUUAUGCCAAUGCAGUGUUUCUCUGGUGUACUCAAAUCACUCGUGGGAACAGCUGGUGGUGCAACCCGUGCGGCGCUUACUCAACAUCAAUCCCGACGCAAUAAUUUGGCCGAUGUAUCGGCAAAAGAUGGAAGUCAAGAAACACUUGUUAACUUAACGGCUUUGGUCUGCAGUCUUAUAAUGGUUCCCAUUGUGGCCAAUAAUCCUCAUUUGGUUUGGCUUUUGUUUAUUUGCUUUACAAUACUUCACAUAUUUGCAAACUAUAGAGCAGUCAAAGCGGUUUCAUUAGAGACUUUCAAUUUGAGCCGAUUUGUCAUUACAGUUGACAAUUGGCUAAAAACUGGUCGCAUAUUAUCAGUUCGGGAGGCAAACAAUAGAGAGAACGUAUGGUUUUUCUGGAGAGAUCUAUCCAAUGGUUACUGUGAUAAUAUUGCAACCGGUGUAUCACUUAGAGAUCAUUUAUGCUAUUUUGAAAUGAAAAUAUAUCAAACCCAAGACAAUGACUUCCAAUACGUCUUAAAUUAUGAUCAAUCGAUGUUCUGGAGAUCUCCUACGCCUUGUGUCAACAUAUCAUUGAAAAAGGGUUUCGAAACGACAGCCCUAUUGAAGUCCAUAUUUCAAGCCAUUGUACUUCUGUCUGGAUAUGAAAACUGUCACAAAAAUAAUCGUAUAUUUUAUCGGUUAAAAGUAAUGGAGGAAAUGUUGGGUGCAAUGAAACUUCUUGACUAUAGUUUAGAUGAUUCAAACAAUUUUAUGAAUCAAUUGUCUAACUAUAAGAUUUUACAAUAUAGCCACCAAUUUACCACCAAAUGGUGGUCAGAAUUUACCGACAAUUUAGUGGCCGAAGGAUGGGAUCUGAGCAAAGUCUUGAUAACACCUGACGAAUGGCGGUUUGAGAUUCAAUCCGAAUUAGUAGUCAACAAGAAAAUCAAUGAUUAUCGUAAUCUUAAUUCAAUUAAAAAAUAAUGUAUUAAAAAAAUGAUGACA